AUGACCGGAGCGACGGCGAAGAUUCCGAUCAGCCAUCGAAAAGAGUGCAUCUCCGUCAUGAAUUUGUCGGAUACGGUAUUCGAAUUCCUUGAUCAUGAUAGAUCGCCGGAAUUGUGCAACGGCAGCAAUUUCUGCCGGGAAAUUGACUGCUUCGAUGACAUCGUCGGUGGUGAAAUCGACCUCGAUAAGAACUUUUGGGAAAAUCAACAUCAACUUCUUCGAGCAACGUUGUACAGAACAAGUUCCUUAGAAACAAGGAUCCGACAAGAAACGAAUGAAGGGCUGAAAGAAUUGCAGUUGGCCGGAAAUUUUUGUUCAUGUAGAAGACCGGUCACCGGCGGUGGCUGCCGGGAUUGUCUAAUGAGAGCGGUUUGUGAUCGCCUGAGAAAUGCCGGAUUCAAUUGCGCUAUUUCGAUUUCUAAAUGGAGAAAUUCCAUUGAUAUCCCAUCAGGUGAACACAAGUUUUUGGAUGUGAUAGAUGGAAAGAAUCGCAAAGGGGAUACGAUGACUAGAGUGAUAAUAGAAUUGAACUUUCGAGCCGAGUUUGAGAUGAACAAAGCGGGUGAAGAAUAUCAACGAUUGACUAGAAAACUACCGGAAGUGUUUGUGGGGAAGGUACACAGAUUGGAGUGUUUAAUCAAGAUUGUUUGCUCAGCUGCGAAGAAGUGUAUGAAAGAAAAGAAGAUGCAUAUGGGUCCAUGGAGGAAACAAAGAUACAUGCAAGCUAAGUGGGUAGGGGGGGCGUGCGAAAGAAUUGAGCCACCAACCGCCUCGGCUACACCAGCAAUGGGGUGGACUACCAGGACAAGGCUCGAGGCGGGUGGUGAUCGUAGGCCAAUGGCUUCCAUGUUGACAGUAGAUUUAUUAGAGACUUUGCCAAAAUUGGGAUGUCAAAUGGUGGUUGUGUAAAACAAGUUGGUAAUUAAAUGGUCCAUAUAUAAUAAUAUAGAUCAAACCUUACAACAAAAUAUGCAUCAAA